AAUCGAUCGCGCGCCCGGCGACCUGGCUCCCGCCUGCGCACCACCACCGCCGACCGCCGCCGACUGCUGUCACUAUCGCAGCACGUGAACCGAUCUACAUCUCGUGUGCUCACGAUGUGGCCACGGCGGGUUACGUAACGCGGGCGAGGACACUAGUUUUGAUGUCUGUGGUGCGGGGCACGCGCGCUCAUGUGCGGGCUAAGCUUUAGGACCAGGAAUAGUCCUUCGCAGAAAACCUCCCUCCGAUGGGGCGACAGCUGCGCUCCCGCCGUCAGGCCUAACAUGUAACAUCAUCCAGCACGGCACGGGCUCCUCGAACUGUCUCUAACAUCACUAGUUUAGUGGCUAACACACUUUCACCGUGCACAAGUGAAGCCUGAUAGAGUAUUUACAUGAUUAUAUUUUACAUGGUUCGUGUUACAGUUGUUACAAUGGACUUUGAAAUGGAAUUGAAGUGAAAAACAUUUGGAGUGUGUGAGCUUGUGGCGUCUUGACACGACGACGGAGAGUCAAUUUCAAAUAAGUGUAACAUACAAACAGUCAAGAUGAUCAAUAUAGCGGGCGUGAUCUCCAUCAUCCUUUUCUACGUUCUCAUCCUAGCAGUAGGCAUAUGGGCUGGCCGCAAGAAGCCUCCAGGGAAUGACUCCGAGGAGGAGGUGAUGCUGGCUGGACGUUCCAUCGGACUCUUCGUGGGAAUCUUUACGAUGACUGCGACGUGGGUGGGAGGCGGAUACAUCAAUGGUACUGCAGAGGCUAUCUACACCUCGGGCCUGGUGUGGUGCCAGGCGCCCUUCGGAUACGCCCUAUCCCUCGUCUUUGGUGGGAUCUUCUUCGCGAACCCGAUGCGGAAACAGGGCUACAUAACGAUGCUAGACCCGCUGCAGGACUCGUUCGGUAGCCGGAUGGGGGGGCUGCUGUUCCUGCCUGCACUCUGCGGUGAGGUGUUCUGGGCAGCCGGCAUCCUUGCAGCGCUUGGGGCUACACUGGCAGUGAUCAUCGACAUGGACCACCGCACGUCGGUCAUCUUCAGCGCGUGUGUGGCAGUAUUUUACACCCUGUUCGGUGGACUGUACUCGGUCGCGUACACCGAUGUCAUCCAGCUAUUUUGCAUCUUCCUCGGCCUCUGGAUGUGCAUUCCAUUUGCGUGGGCGAACCCACAUGUCAAACCACUCAGUUCCAUGGAAGUGGAUUGGAUAGGAAAGGUUGAUCCAGAAUAUUAUUGGUUCUAUGUGGAUUAUGGGCUCCUGCUGGUGUUUGGUGGAAUUCCAUGGCAGGUAUACUUCCAGCGAGUGUUGAGCAGCAAGACAGCAGGCCGGGCGCAGGUUCUGUCGUACGUGGCAGCCAUCGGGUGCAUCUUCAUGGCCAUACCUCCAGUCCUCAUCGGUGCCAUUGCGAAGGCCACCGCAUGGAAUGAGACGGCAUACCACGGCCAGUUGUCUCCAACGGGGGAGCUGACCUCCGACCAGACGUCCAUGAUAUUACCGCUGGUGCUGCAGCACCUCACUCCUGACUUCGUCUCGUUCUUCGGCCUCGGCGCCGUGUCAGCGGCCGUUAUGUCCUCAGCCGACUCGAGCGUUCUCAGUGCGUCGUCUAUGUUUGCACGGAACGUGUACAAGCUGAUCUUCAGGCAGAACGCUUCCGAGAUGGAGAUCAUCUGGGUGAUGCGCGUCUCUAUCCUGGUUGUGGGGGUGCUAUCUACCGUCAUGGCACUCACCAUCCCCUCCAUAUACGGGCUUUGGUCUAUGUGCUCGGAUCUGGUGUAUGUCAUCCUUUUCCCCCAACUGCUCAUGGUGGUGCACUUUAAGAAACAUUGCAACACAUACGGCUCCCUGGCCGCGUACAUAGUGGCACUGGUGGUUCGGUUGUCCGGGGGAGAGAAGCUGCUGGGUCUACCUGCGCUGAUACACUACCCUGGCUGGGACGCUGAGAAUGAAGUGCAGCUGUUCCCGUUCAGGACCAUGGCGAUGGUGAUGUCCCUGUUCACUCUGGCCUUCAUAUCCUGGUUGUCUGUGUAUCUAUUCAACUCUGGUUAUCUGAGUCCCGAGUCGGACUACUUCAACUGUGUGGUGAACAUCCCUGAGGACAUUCGGCGUGUAGACGAGCCCUCGGAGGCUGGAGAGCAGAUGUCCGUGCUGGGCGGAGUUCCGGGCCGGCUGUACGGCGCGGCCUCUACCCUCGUCGGGCCGGACGAGAAGGCUGGCCGCAUCAACCCAGCCCUGGAGCCCGACGACGAUGACCUAGAUGAUCCCAACGAUGGUCCAACGCCUCUAUUCGGCAACAGUAGUGCGCCCCCGCCCGUGCAACCUUUCGGCAAGCAAACGGCUUUCUGAGACGAUAAGUACCUUUAUUAGUUCUCUUAAAGGUAGUGGUCGACGUGUCAUGGCGAGGUGCGACGUGCUCGUACAACGGAAUGUUAUAUUUUACGAAGAUUUUACUCUACGACUUGUUUGUUUUCGUAAUCAUUACAUCGAAUAGGGAACUGUUUGAACUACAGUAUUUUUCGAAAAUUAGAAUUAUAUGCUCAAACCUAAUACAUAUCGCCAGUAUCUUCCGAUAGCAUGAUUUUGUACCUUAAAAGUUCAAUAGGACAUUGGCCGCUACUUAUGAUCACUUCAUAUAAUGUGAUCUAUGUGAGAGGGAUCACUAAAAUAAUGGCACGUACCAUAGAUAAUAUAUGAUACGCAAUGAGGUUAAAGUAUAUGUACGUAGCAAAUAAUAAUAUGAUCGCAUUAAAGCAAUAGACAAUUUGUUAAUAGUGAUGUAUGAAAAAAUGCGACGUUAUUUUGUAGCGGAAUGUAAUGUAUAUUAUCUAUAUUGUAAACGAUCAGUGAUCACCAUAAAUGAUGAGUGAAACGCAUACAUAUCAACAUGUGAAAUCUUAAUUAACAUGGUUAGAAUAUAUUUUAUAUAAUAUAUAAUAUAUUAUUUAUAUUGAUAAAGAUUCCUUAUUUAAGUCAAUUAAAGUAGAGAGAUGACGAGCACUGUAUGUUAUGUGCUUCGUAGAUCAUAAAUGUAAUAUGUGCGUUGUAGUCACAGUUCACACUUGAUAAAUAUAUACAUAUAGCACACGUGACCAAAGUAAUGUUCGGGUGUUAACCACAUACCUAAAUGUUGAAUGAUUGGAAAUUAUUUACACGUAGUGUGUUACAUUAAAAUAUUGCUUGUAAAGCAUAUACAUAUCAAUUAAUGUCUAAAAACAAAGUAUACCUGCCCAUUUUGCAUUAGUUUUAUAUAUGAAAUGUCAAAUGCAUAAUUUUAGUUUAAUAGGUACAGUUUCGUAGCCAUACUAAUAAUAAUAUGUUAACAUAUACAGAUCAUUUAUUUUAUUUUAUUAUUCUAUUAUUUAAUGAAGUAUAAGAUUAAUAUGCUUCAAUAAUCAACUCUCCCAGUGUUAUCAGUUAUACAAGAGGGAACUUAGGUAUAAUCAGCGCAGUUAAAUACAUACCUUGAUAUAUAGGUAAACUGGACAGCAUCUAUAAAUACAUAUAACAUUAAAGAAUGAAACUAAUGGUUGUAGUAGCUUUCUUUAACACGAUCACAUCAUAUAGAUUGAACUUCAUAGUUUCAUUCGUCUAGUAUUUCAUGCACAAUGCUUUUUGUUUUCAAUUUUGAAAUACUAAUUCAGUGCAAAUGACACUGAAAAUUACGAAAUUGAUUUUCAUUAAAACUUAUUGAAAAUGAUGCGUUAUUUUGUCAUAUCGAAUGUUGAAAAUUGAAUGGUCGGCCUAAACGCGCUGGCGUUAUAGCGGCUUGUAUGCAAUUCGUGACACGCAGAGCUGGUAAUAAUUAUUAUGACGUAUUUCGCAUUUAAAUAUUUAUAUUAUUGUUAUUGUAUGAUGUGAAAGUUUAUGAGAAAUAAUACCAUUGGUCAACCUUACAAGUUUAGGCGUAUUAAAUGUGUGUUGGUGUUCACCAUAUGUGUGUCUCCCCGGUCCCCACCACGGCUGGCACCACGCGUGUUUCUAUCUGUGUUUUAUAAUCGGUGUAUAUGUCAGAAUCUGACGCUUUUUGACCUAAUUAUAAUAUCGUAAUAAUAAAAUUAUUCGUAAUAGUAAAUUUACAUUGUACAAUUCAAAUUAUUAAUUGGCUUGUAAAUUCUUUUUAAGAGUUUAUAUUUAUCGCUAAAUUAUUAGCGUCACUAAUAAGGUUAUAUUGUAAAAGUUUUUAAUAUAUGUUGCGAAAUAACCAUUUAAUGUGAUAAUAUAUAUAUAUAUUAUUAUAUUAUAUGUACUACAAAGUAGCUAUAUAUCACUGUAAGGGCGUGCUGUCCGAUCGUAACCUUUGCUAAGACUUCAACCACGAUACAUAUCAUAUUAUAUGUGACUUAAUAUAGAAUAAAACAUAUAUUAUACAUAUCAUAGAGAAUUUAGUGUGAAACGGAUACAUAUCAAUAGUUAUAAGGGUAGAUAUAGGUCUUGUUGUUGUUCUUCGGCGUUGCUUUCUAGUAUUCAUGCGUACUAUAUAUACAUACUUGCAUAUACUGUGGACUUGCUAUUCUUAUACGGAUACUGAAGUAGAGGCAUACUUCGUUUUUAAUAUAUUAUAUCAUGAACGUAACUUAAUAUGAAUUUUGUCAUUAUUUAUAAAAAAAAAUGGCAAUAACAUAUGUUGUAAUUUGUAAAUGUGUUUAUUUAUUUAACUCUUUAUUGCACCAUAAACAAAAAUAUACAAUGACAAAUGAAUUUUUUUAUCUCUAAAAGGAAUCCUUGUCGUUUACUACUAUCAGCAUACUGCUAUAUACUAUAUUGUUGCUAUAUAUAUAUGUAUAUAGCCUAUAUGUACAGAGACAUAUAUAUCUAAUAACAAUUGUUACGAAUAUGAAUUGAUUUAAGAAUAUUUGCAUUUAGUUCCAUUUUAUUUACCUGGAAUUCAUAAAACUAACUCCCGCGACUUCCCAGUGUAUUUUCGGAAAAUCCUUUUUAAUGUUAAUUUACGUAAAGAAUAAUUUUGCUUAAUUCCACCUAUGUAGACUCUGCAGUUUUAAUUGUGAGCAUAUAAGUCGAUCUAAUGUAGUAUAACUAUGUCAAGUCUGUUUAAUUAUAUAUAUCUACAUUGUUAAUCAGUUUUUACGAUGUACUUAAUUAUGUUUAAACUGAAAAUAUUAAAGUUUUUACGAGAACUCUUUAUUUUGUGUUUCUCAAAGUAUUUUAAUAAUUUAAUUAUUCCUAUCUUAAUUAAUUGUAAUUAACAUAACAACCCAUUUAUUUUUUGUAUAUUUAAAACAAUUUUGAGUGUAGCUACGUUUCUCUUACGUAAACAAAAUGUGUUUGCGAACAAAUUCAACUAACUCAAUAUACGUAUAAUUGUACUGAUACAAUUAAAUGUAAUUAUAUUUCUGUUUACACUUACAUAUGUACGCCAUGGUAUUAGGAAGCAAUCGGUCCACUGUUAGAUAGUAGAUAUAUAUACCUACUAUUGACUUAUUUCUAGUUCUUGUUGAAUAUUUUGAAAAAAAAAAUGUGAAAAAAAUGUGUAACGUUGUGAACUCUGCGGCCGCUGCUGCGACAGUAAUAAAACAUAUAGUAUGUUGA